CGAAAACACGUCAACCCCGAGAAUGAGCGAGCAAAUCGAGGAGAAGCUGCAAAAGCUUCUUACCGAUCCAGCCAUCAGCCAGGACCUGACAACGAAAGAAGCCUACUUCGCAAGUCUAUCUGAAUGGGCAAAACAAUCUUCUAUAUCCCAAAAUGCAAUGGCAAUGUUUCCAUAUUACCUGCUCGCCAACUACCCGCAGCUGUUUCAACCGAAUCCCCUCCUGCCGAUCUCUCCUCUAAGGGCACAGGAAACUGGAAGCGCGGCUACUCCUGCUGCAGCUCCACCCGCCUUCAACCGCUUCCGGGUGCUGGACGAACUCCAGCAGCAGGAGACCAUACAGCGUGUGGGAGGCUAUGAGUAUGUUGUGGCGCCGUUUUGGAAGCGAGCCGUCGCGGAGGCAAUCGACAUGUUCAUCCUGUUCAUACUGAAAAUUAUUGUGACCUUUGGCAUAGUGAAUCUCUUUGAUAUCGAUUUUGACAAGGACGUUAUGCGGAGAACGCUGGAAGAUGAGGAUCUCUUUGUGAACUUCUUCGACAUCUCCAUGGACUUUAUAAAUAUGUCGUCCGAUCUGCUUAUGAUAGAGAUGCUAACCAAGAUGAUAGUGUGCUGCUAUGAAGCUGUUUGGACGGUCUGGUACAACGGAGCUACGCCUGGGAAGUCGCUGAUGAAGAUACGCAUACACUAUGUGGAGGCAGUGCUUCCUCUGCAGGCACCCGUCGUGCCACAAUUUGUUUUCCAGCCGCAGCGGGAACCACUGAGAGCCCUGCUCUAUCCCGCUGAGACCCCAAAAUUGCUGAGGGCAUUCGCGCGGGCCCUCGCGAAGAACCUUGUUAUGACGCUGCUGUUUCCCAUUUGCGUCGUUAUGAUAUUCUUCAAGAACAACCGAACCGCCUACGACAUAAUGACAAAGACGAUAGUCGUCGAGUCCAACUCCAAUGCCAUAUACCGCACCGAUGUGCCGCAGCAGCAACAACGUAAUCGCUAACAAUCAAUCGGAAGUUAUAGGAACCCCCCCCCCCC